GGGAGAAAGAAAGGAAUGGAAAGCGAGUACAGUAGAGUAGAGAGAGAGAGAGAGAGAGAGAGAGAGAGAGAGAUAAGAAGAAAAAAGAUCGAAAUCCAAACCAACUUAUCACUCAGUUCUUUCACUCUCCCCCAAACCAAAAUGCCGAUCAACAGCGAUUCUACGCCGCCUCCUGUGAUCGGCAAAAUCGGGCCUUACACAGUUUUCAUGACCCCACCAUCUACUCCCAGUCCCAAACCCUCCUCCGACCCCAUUAUUCAUUCUCCCAAUAAGAUCGUUCCUCCGCCGCCGCAGAUUCCCAAAACCCCUCUCUCCCCCAAACCCCUCUCCGAUGCCUCACUUUCCACCUUCUUCAAAAACGCUGUCACUAAGGUCCAAACAGCCCAUUCAAGUUUGGAUGAUCAUCUGGCACGUUGGUUUGGAUUGAAUCAGUCAAAGUAUCAGUGGGCUCUUGAUGAUUAUUAUGAGACCAAAGGAAUGGAAAAAGGAGACAUAAAAGUGAAAGAAAUAUCAAGCAAAGUACAGAGUGUUUGACUUGCUUAGAGCUGGAUUAAUCAAAAGCGAGGCAUGAAGACUCUUGCUUUGAGUAUAUUUAUACCUUUUGUAUUUACAUGUGGAGUAGAACAAAUGCGUCUGAUAUGUCAAAGAGUUAUUUGAUCUACAUCCAUUGAUCUGAUUCAAUGGUUAUUUUGCGACUCCUGCAGUCGAGUCUGAUUAUUUGGCAGUCUGUUCCUGUAAUCUAAUUAUCAAGUUAUUUUCUGGGGCAAAUGUUUUGUUCUUAGUUUCAGUCGUGCUUUUGGGCUUCUGAAUCUCGGAGCUGUUUUGUAUUUGUACUUGGUUAAGGGAAAAAAUUGACAGUUGCCUU